AUGAGCGAGAGAAGAAGAGCGCCGUCGAUAAGCUCAUCGUCAUUCGCUAUUCCUGAGGAUUUCCAAACGGUGCAUGGGAUAAACGACACGGAAUCUACAACCUCAACCGAUUCGUAUGCGUCUCAGGAUGAGGAAGAACAGCUGUUUGACCCCGUGACAUACCUGACGGACACUUUAGAGAAUGCGUUGUCGAGUCUGGAGUUCAGCAAAGCCGUUGCUAAACAGGCUAAGAUUUCAGGACAGUUAAAGUCAAAGGAAUUGGAGCUGUUAAGGCUGUACGAAGAAUCGCAAGGUAGACUCCAAGAGUUACAUGACACUAUGCAACGUGGAUUAAAGACGUUACACGUCGUGUAUAGAGACUUGAAGUUGAAUAAGCAUAAAGUGGAAGCUGCAUCCCAAAGGAUCUCAAACAAGUACCCAAUUGAGUACAACCAAGCCAGGGAUAAGGUGCUACGAAGGGAUACCUUACUGUUAGACGAUGAAGAUGUCAAUAACAAUGACAAUGACAAUGAGAUACGUAUAUAG